AUGGGUUCUGCUGAAAACGAAUCAUUCUCUCUAUGCAAGUUUUCCAGCUUUAUGUUUCUCUUACACAGAAUCCAGGCUCGUGGAAUGGCUACGCUAAAAGAUGUCGCAAUGCAGUUGAAGUCAAUUAAAAAUAUACAGAAGAUUACGGCCUCAAUGAAGAUGGUUGCCUCAGCCAAAUAUGCGAAAGCCGAUCGUGAACUGCGGAAAGCUAUACCCUACGGCACUGGAGCUGCCGCUUUUUACGAAAAGGCUGGACUGAUAAAAAAAGAGGAUCAAGCGCCAGCACAAGGCCACCUUAUCAUUGCUAUCACUUCCGAUCGAGGUUUAUGUGGCGCUGCCAAUAACGUUAUCGGCAAGGCAAUCCGAGAACUCAUUGCUAAUGAACCCGUAAAAGACAGCACCAAACUGGUAUUGAUCGGUGACAAAGUGCGCUUAAUGCUUGCCCGACAACACUCCUCUCGUUAUUUGCUGAGCUUCGCUGAUGUGGGAAAGAAGCCCCCUACUUUUGAGGAUGCUUCCACAAUUGCACAGGCCCUGAUCAACUGUGAUUUCGAGUUUGACAAAGCCUCCCUGUUCUACAACAAGUUCAAAUCUGUCGUUGCCUACACGACCACCGUUCAGCCGAUCUUCAGUCUUGAGCAGCUUCAACAGUCCUCAUCUCUCGCUGUAUAUGAUUCUGUUGAUGAUGAG